CUCACCCUCAAUAAGGACCCCGUCUCAACGCGCCAUCUGGUUUCCCUCCCCCCUGAUCGUUCAUCCAAAAGCGUUUUUCUAGAAUCUUUUGUGUGCGCGAGCUGGGCACGUCUUCAGAGUACCUUCUGGACGUUGAGAGCCUUCUUGAGUAGCGACACUUUGCAUUUGCAAGCACUCAUACCGGCAUCAUUCCAACCCUGGCCUGACAUUCUCCGUCAUCAAACACAUGCCGCCCAGACAGGAGAAGAGCAGCCUUAAGCGCAACAGGCAAAGCACCGGCGAGGACAAUGACAACAGAAAGGUCCGACGGUCCGAAAGGCUAUCCUCCCAAAUACAAAAAGACCCUGCCUCUCAGACUCCCUUGAAAGCCCAGUAUCUACCAUCUCCCCUCACUGCUCAAGAGUCUACCGCAACCGAACCCUACAAAGAGCAGACCGCAAGCCCCCCGGAAGGGCGCCCAAGCCAGAUUCGGCAUGUCACUCCUCACUCUUCACCACACCUCCAUGCCCUGUCUUCACCGCCGCAGGAUACCCAGACCUUGUCUCAGUUUGUUUAUCCUCCUCGAGACAUUGAAGCAGAUCUCGACGAUGAAGAUGGCAAGUGGGGUUAUCUCUUCCCAACAACCGGCUCUGGACACCGGCUUGUCUUGAGAAGGAGAGCCUUCUGUCCUGCCCCAGCAAAACCUCUUGAAAUUGCUAGAAGAACUGUCAAGAGCCAAAGGCAUGGCCAACAUGAGCUAGCAGAAGACGAAACUCAGUACGAACAGGAGAAAAUGAACGUUGGAUUUCCCUCUGGUGGUUAUCUCAUCGGUCGACAUCCCGAGUGCGAUAUGGUUCUCGACAUCCCCACCAUCUCCAACCGGCACUGCUUGCUUUUCAAUGAAACUCGAAAUGGAGAUGUCAUUGCAGUCCUUGAGGACCUGUCCAGUAACGGCACGUUUGUUAAUGAACAAAUAGUCGGUCGCAACAAACGCCGCGAACUCGAGGAUGGAGAUGAGAUCACUAUCCUCGAUGAAACCCGUUUCGUCUUCCGCUACCCCAGAACUCGAGAUUCCACCGCUUUCAACUCGAGAUAUCGCAUUCUCCAGCAGCUGGGCAAAGGACAUUUCGCUACCGUCUAUCUAUGCGUGGAGAGGAAUACUGGCUUCAAAUUUGCAGUUAAGAAAUUCGAAAGGCGAAUGGGAGAUUCUCAACGCUCACAGACUGAAGGCCUCCAACAGGAGAUCGCCGUGCUCAUGAGUGUCAGCCACCCUAAUGUCCUUUGUCUGAAGGAGACCUUUGAUGAACCCGAUGGUGUCUUCCUCGUCCUCGAACUCGCCGCCGAGGGCGAACUGUUUAAUCUGAUUGUUACUAAACAAAAGUUAACUGAGGCCGAGGCACGAAAAGUUUUCAUUCAGUUGUUUCAAGGCACGAAAUAUCUUCACGAGCGCAACAUUGUCCAUCGAGACAUCAAACCGGAGAACAUCCUUCUCACAGACAAGGACUUGUCGGUGAAACUGGCUGAUUUUGGACUGGCUAAGAUCAUUGGCGAGGAAUCCUUCACCACCACUUUGUGUGGCACCCCAAGCUAUGUUGCUCCGGAAAUCCUCGAAAAUACCCGACACAGAAAAUACACCCGUGCUGUUGAUGUGUGGUCGUUAGGCGUAGUCUUGUACAUUUGUCUAUGCGGAUUUCCCCCGUUCUCGGACGAGCUCUACUCACGCGAAAACCCGUACACUCUAGCGCAACAAAUCAAAAUGGGCCGAUUCGACUAUCCGUCACCAUACUGGGACAGUGUAGGCGACCCGGCGCUCGACCUGAUCGACCGGAUGUUGACGGUCGAUGCAAGCAAACGCAUCACGAUCGACCAAUGUCUGGAACACCCGUGGACUCGCAAUGUUGGCUACAUCAACCCGGCAGACUCGACCGACGGCAUCACCGGCAAGAUGUCCGAGCUGGACUUUUCCAAGCGCAAAGUGCAACGCGAACGCACGUUACUCGCCAACAUCAACGACGUCAAAGUCAGCAAGGUGGUCGAGGUCAACGGCGACUCGGUCCUGGGCAAGUCCAGCGCCAUCGCCGGAAGUCCCGCUCGCGUCAAGGUUUGGGACAAGAAUCCUCAAGGCAAGAACGUGAAGGCUGGUGCCGAAGAACAUCCUGCGGCCCAUCGUCAAGAGGCCGAGUUCAUGGGCAUGGGUGGCAAGGGUGACAUGCAGCUCUUCGACGACGACAUAUCCUCCCGCUACCUGCCUGAAGAGGUUCCAUCCGAGACAGCGAAAUCAAAAUCAAAAUCCAAAGGGAAGAAAAGGAAAUGAUCAGUUAAUAGUCUUUGUCCACCAUUUUCUUUUGGCGCGGCUCCUCCCUUCUACAACCUUGAAUAUCACACCAGUCGAAACUGGUGGAGUCGCUCUUCGCACGCUGGAUUUACCAUAUCUCAACCCAAAACCAGCACAACACACCAAGAAAAGCAGAACAAGUCAAUCAAAUCAUGCAGUCAAUGCCUCAAUUGUUUGUUAUACUGGCCUUGUAUUUUGUUGUCAGGAAAACGAAAAUCAGAGCAUUAUGUAAUUGGAAAGAGAAAAAAGCGCUGCAUCAUUCUUUGGCUUUCAGUGCUUCCUAGUCUACAGUUGAUGGACCACUGACACCGAGAUGACAGAGGGCGGAGAAAAGCCCGGCUUGAAAUGUCCAGUACAUGUAUGAAGGAAUUUGCACUGUACACACAACAUGUUUUUUGGACAGGUUCAUGCAGUGUAUGUACAUUUAGCUAUAGGAAACCCAAUCAUAUCAAAUACAAGGAUAUAUUCAA